AUGAAAAGGCGUCGCCAGUCGAGCGAGACGCUCGGCAGCCAUCCUUUGCGCAAGAAACCGAGAAUAUCUGCGGCUGUUGAUGACAAUCGUACGAAUCCCACCGGAACUCGUAUGCGAGAAGUUUUCAAAUACGAACCUCUCAACCACAACAAUCCCUCGAUCCGCCUCUUACGGUUCGAAGACGAUGGCGAGACAUCAGAUCAAAUUCAAUGCGUUAUGCGCCACGCGAGCACAGAAGCCGACUAUAUUUGUCUGUCGUAUCGUUGGGGUACUGAUAAACCCACCCACCGUGUAACAAUCAACGGAAAGGCGAUGUACAUUCGAAAGAAUUUGUACGACUUCUUGACAGUACAAAAGAACAAGGCAAGCCAAAGCCACGAGAAGAAACUAGUAUCCAACCCUUGGCUCUGGAUCGACGCUCUUUGUAUUGACCAAGAUAAUGUCAGUGAGCGCAACCACCAAGUGCAGCAGAUGGGAAACAUAUUCGCACGCGCUGAACAGGUUUUCAUUUGGCUCGGACUCAUUGAUGAGAAGGAUCUCAAAAUUACCAAGAACCAGGAAAAAGAAGGCCUCUUGCAGGUCAAAGAAUAUGAUUACUAUUUGCGUUACUCUUUGCUUAACUGGAUCCGAGCCAACCAAUAUUGGCGCCGUGCUUGGAUCCUUCAAGAGGUCGUCCUAGCCAAGCAAGCGAUGGUGAUUUUACGCGACGAGGAAAUGAGAUUGGAGGACCUUGAAAAGGAUCUGUGGUCGUACAAACUUGGACACUUGAGACUCUGGUCUCGGACAGUCAUAUCAUCUAAAAUGGGCCAUUCGCGCGAUCUCUCGCUGAUACGUCUAAUAGCAGAAGUUGGCGAUCGUGAAUGCAGCAAACCUCGGGACCGAAUAUUCUCUUUGUUGUCCUUAUGCGACAAAGGCCAGCAUUUAAAAGUCGACUACAAUAUUUCGGAAGUAGAACUGAUGGUGGAAAUUUUCAAUCACUGCAAAGAUGAACUGUGCUUCUGUAGCGCAGCUGUUGUGGCGCUGACACUGGAGCUUCAAUCAAUAGAACUAAUCCCGGUCAAUCGCACGCCCGCAUUGCAACCCUAUUUCGAGAUAGAUGUUCACCUGCUGGCGACGGGUCCCAGCAUAUGGUGCCACUUAGACUUUACAAAAUAUCACCUAAGGAGUACAAAGUUUUCGGCCAGCCCCGGCAUGAUAUUCAACAUUUGGCAGCCAUGUGAUACCUUCAGACAGUUUUCAGUCUACUGGCGAAUUCCGUUCAGUUGUUCCGAGAAAGAACUAGUGUGGCUAGAACCUUAUGCUGGAUGUCCGAAGAAUCUUGUCAUGGUCUUAUGCGAAUACGGAACGGAUUUCAAGGUGUUCAAGAAGAACGGUAGGACAGAAGCACUCGUGGCUGCGCGACAACAUUCCUCUGAGCCCACAGCAACUGAAGUUCAUGCGGUGUCCAAGGAGUUUCGUAAUUGUCAAGGUUUGGAACAGGAUAGAUAUGGUGAGAGGCACAGGUUCUCGAAAGAGGAUCUAAAGGCGCUGGAAAUUUACACCGUGCGUCUGAGUUUCGCGGUACUGGCUAAGAUCAAUGCUGAUGCUGAGGGUACGUACUAUGGCUGCAGGACGUUCUGCUCUAGGAAGAAGUGGGCAGGGGGCAAUUUUGACCCACCAAGAAUAGUACGUCAAGACUAG